CUCAUCAUUCAUCAAAUCAUCCCCUAAAAGGAAAAAAUCCUAAAAAUGCCUCCGCCAACAAACACACCAAACCCCGCCGCAAAACGUAGAAAAUGCUUUAUCUACAUUGCCCUUGCAAUCCUACUCCAAACCCUAAUCAUAGUAGCCUUCGUUCUAAUCUUCAUGCGCAUAAAAUCCCCCAAACUCCGUUUCCGCUCCGUCACCGUCGACAGUCUGACGUCGAAUUCGGCGUCAUUCAACGCCAGACUCACCGGAGAAGUGGCGGUGAAGAACGUGAAUUUCGGGAAAUUCAAAUAUCCCGAGAGCACCGUCUCGUUUCUCUACCGGGGAAGCAGCGUUGGCACCGCUCGGAUCCCGAGCGGCCGGGCGAAGGCGCGGGAUACGGAGAAGCUCAACGUGACGGUGGCGGUGGAGGCGAAGAAUGACCGGAAUUUGGGCGGCGAUUUGAGCUCCGGUAAGAUCACGUUGAGUAGUAAAGCGACGGUGGAAGGGAAGGUGCAUCUGUUUAACGUUAUCAAGAGGAAGAAGACGGCGACGAUGGAUUGCACCAUGGAUGUUGAUACCAAGACUCGAGUGGUUCAGAAUUUGAGAUGCGAUUGAAGAUUGGAUUGCACACUGCAGCUUUGUAUUUAAAAUUCUUGUGCUUUUCUCUUAGUUUGUUUUGGAUUUACUCUUUUCUUUUUUCUUUUUCAUUUUAUAAAAAAAUGAACUGUACUUUUGAUUGGAAUAUUGUUGCCUUGUUGUGUGGUAUAAUGUGAGUAGUGAUUUGGAUAUUUGAGUGAUUAUUUUAUUUUUAUCA